UCGCAAGCUUGUGUAAAGCGCAGACGGGAUUUGGCACGAGAGCGAUGUUCGGCGCUGACGUGGACAAUUCCACCGGUGCUUUACAGUCUCCCAUCACUGUCCUCUUCGGAACGCAAAAGCAAGAUUUUCGACACCGCUUUGGAUGUCAGAAGGCAGCUUGUCAAGCUACUCGUCCUUGUUCGGUGGAGUCGAGCUGCACCGGAUUUAAUGAUGGCCAGAAACCUCGUGGGGCUCUUGCGAGCUCAUACGAUACAAGCAAAUGAUGCUACUGAUGCUCUUCGAAAGAUGCAGAGCGAAUUACCCGGAGCUCGCCUUCGCAAAGCGGAUCUUGUCUCCGCCACAGAUAUUCUCGGGACCGGGCAAUAUCAAAGGCUGCCUUCACACAUCAAAGACUACAUCGUCCCGCCUCGGGAGCUUACAGAUCGCCAAGCUUUGGACGUCAUCUCGGACAUGGACGCUGCCCUGAGAACAAGGCUGACAUUAUCCGAAGUUGUACCUGCACCGCUCACUUCCUACUCCAUCGAGGAUGGUCGAGUGACUUUCGAGGUGGCCAAACUCUUCACUGCUUCCAUGACGCUGUCUGGAAAUUCACCAGAGGAUCGCUGGUUCAUCCUCUCCGCUAAAUUCGAUUUUCGCAUCACUGGUGCGGGCGCAAACUUAUUCCCAAGACGGCCGAGAAAGCGGGCUCGUACAAUUUUGAUCUCGCAAGCAGACUUUGAGCUCGCCCCCCGAUCUGUCGCUCUCGCUUCGGAAAAGGAUGGAGCCGCCGUCGCCGCCGCAGGAGGUAGAGAUGCUGAACAGCUCGAGGUGACCCAUCCAGCGCCAGCCGAGCAGCGUGACGAGUGCCAGAGACGGGAUGCCCCGCUUGUCAGGGCGUAUAACUUCCUUCAGCCAAGCGCUGGAGUAUCAGCUUGACAUUCUGCACUAUCAAUCGGUUGAACUAGCUCGAGUGGGCUGGGCUCCAACGAUCU